UCCUUAAAAUGGUGCUUGCAUUAACAUGAAGCUAUUCGAUAAAUCAUAGUUCAACUGAUGACAAAUGUUACCUUUAAACACGCGCAUUUAGUCAAAAAGAGAAUUCAGUUUCGGCAAUAAAUUGUUUUCAGUUAAGUUUGUCAUUUUGCAAUCAAAUAAAAAAUUCAGCAACUGAACAAAAAUGUCAACCGUUCGAAUCACGUACUUCAAUAUCCGAGGCGUUGCCGAACUCACUCGACUCCUGUUCGUCUAUUCGGAGCACGACUUCGAGGACGAACGACUGGAACGGGAAGCCUGGCCCGCUCGGAAACCCGAGUCGCCUCUCGGCUCGGUGCCUUACAUUCGGCUCGAAAACGGCCACGAGUAUCCCCAGGCGACAUCUAUUGCUAGGUAUUUUGCCGAUAAGUUCGGCCUUCGGGGUAAAACCGACGAGGAAAAAUUGCACGCUGAUGUUGUCGUCGAUUUGGUUCGUGCCGACAUAAUUCCGAUGCUGACUAAAAUUUUCCUUGAACAAGACGCGGAAAAGAAGGAAUCUGGAAAGAAAGAGGCGCAAGAGAAAAUUCAAGCUUGGUUUGAAAAAAUCGAGACUAAAUUCAUCAAGGGCGAAAGCACAAUUUUGGAGAGUGGGACUUCAUGGGCUGAUAUUGCGCUGUUCAAUUGUGUGAACGACUUCUUCCCUGUGUUUGAAUUCAAACUGGAUGAGAAAAACGUGAAAAUCAACAAAGUAGUCCAGAGUGUCAAGGCUAAUCCAAAAAUUGCCGCGUGGCUGGAGAAGCGUCCUGAGUCUGUCUUGUAAAACACAGAAUGCGAUGGAUGUAAUAAAAAUGAACCAUGUUACAACUUUAACCCAAUAAUUAAUUUCUAAAACAGGGUAUAACAAUUCUUUGAACAAUC